AUUCAUGGGUAGAAGAGGAAACAUGAGAGGACGGUCAGGAAUUCUUUUUGUUUCUGUUUUUGCUGUAGGCCUCGUGAUAUUUUACCUGUCUUGGAGAUCUUUAUUUUCCACUGAUAUCAAACCAAAAGAUGCUUACUCCAAAUUCAGCAAUGGCAAUGAAAACAUAAGAUCAGAAUUAAGGAAUAAGUUAUUGAAAAGUAAAGAAUUCUUAAAUGGAAAUUCUGAGCAAGAUCCUGAUUAUGAAUUUAAAAGUGACCAAGACCAGAUUCCUCAAAAUAAACUGUUAAAGAUACCCGAAAACUCGGUUUCAAAUUCACGUAUUAGAAAGAUUGAUGGGCAAGAUGAAACCAAUGAAUCUAUCAAAAGGAAAAUCUAUGGAACGAGUGACUCUAAAAACCACCAGUUGGAGAAAGCUUACUACAAAAGUUUUGAUAAGGCUAAGCUAGCUGUUAGAACAAUGGAAAAACUGGUUCAUCUAGAUCUCAAAGGUGCACCACCAAAAAUGACCUACCUUAAAAAACUGUUGCCUUUAUUUGCAUCUCUAGGAGCCACAGGCCUUCUCGUUGAGUAUGAAGAUAUGUUUCCAUAUUAUGGAAUUCUGAAAAAUAUAUCUGCUGAAAACUCUUACCGCAGGUCAGAAAUAAAAGAAUUUCUUAAGCUAGCCAAGACCUAUAAUCUGACUGUAAUGCCUCUUAUUCAGACAUUUGGUCACAUGGAGUUUGUACUGAAGUCUGCUUUUGAAGAUUUAAGAGAGAGUCACUACACUCCUCAAGUAAUUGAUAUUACUUCAAAUAAGAGCUAUGCAGUGAUAACUGAAAUAGUCAAACAAGUAAGCAAUGUUUAGAUUUGUCAGAAUUUCAGAUCAAUUAAAUCCUUGUAGACUAAAAAAAUUAUUUUACGCUUUGAACAAUAUGGUAGUAUAUUUCAAGAUUUUCUUUGGAUUAGUGUUAAACUAAUAGGAUUUAUGUUUUCAACAGAUUUUAGAACUACAUCCUGAUGCCUCACAUUUACACAUUGGAUGUGAUGAAGUUUAUGAACUAGGGCGUGGGGCUAGUGCUUCCCAAAAAAAAGACAAUCAUGAACUAUUUUUACAUCAUGUUACUAAAGUUGCCAACAUUGUAAGAUACACUGGAAACCAGCAAGUUAAACCAGUGAUAUGGGAUGAUGAGCUUAGGAAAAUAAGUGCUAACACUAUCUUGGUAAGGAAAAAUUAACUUAUUUCAAAGUGUGAAUGCAAUUUAUUAAAUUAUUUUAAGGCAGUAAUUUACUCUGGUGUUCAAACAGUUUUUUUUUAAAAAUAUAAGUAUCUGUAUUGUAUUUGAUUUUGCAGGAAUUCAAACUACCUUCCCUGGUUGAGAUCAUGGUCUGGCAAUAUGGAGUAAAUGUAUUAGAUAAAAUCAAUAUAACCAUAUGGGAUAAAUAUUCAGGUCUCUUCGAAUCUGUUUGGAUUGCAUCUGCUUUCAAGGGAGCAUCAGGAAGCAGGCAGUUUUUCACUGACCCUCAAUUUCAUAUUCAAAAUCAUUUCAGGUUAGUACAAUGGGCUCAGAUUAUUUAGUAUUAAUAUGGUAAGUAAGAGCAGAGUGCACAAAUAUCUAUCACAUAAAAAAAUGUCAGAGGAACUAAUAGUAAUAGAUCAAGCAAAGGCAAUGUUUAAAAAAAAUAAUAAUAUUUUAAUUUUAACAUUUUAUUAUACCGGGGUAGUAAAAAGUCUCAGAAAACAACCUUUAGCUCUAAAUCUUAAAGCACAUUAUUUUAAUUUAUAUCACAAUCGGUAUACAAAAUAGAAAUUUCUAUUCUAGAAAACUGGCUCUCUAGAGGGUAUGUAUUUUUUUUUAAUGGGAUACAUUUUUUUCUCUCUCUAGCUGGCUGGAAGUCAUUGCUUCAACCAGUAAUCGACUGAAAUUUCGAGGUAUAGCUUUGACUGGAUGGUCUCGUUAUGAUCAUUUUGCCACUCUUUGUGAACUCUUGCCCGUGGCUCUGCCAAGCUUAGCAGUCUGCCUUGCAGCUGUAUCUAAUGCCGGUUUUACAGAGGUCUGUAAAAAUUUAAUUGACCUCAGAGCUGUUAAAUUCUAAGUUGAUAUCCAAAUUUUAAAUGUAUGUGCUAGAGUAAAUGUAUAGUUGAUAGACAAAGCUAAAAAAAAUCAUUAAAAUGUGCAGUAAAUAGAAUUCUUCAACAUUAAUGAUCGCUUGUAUUGAAUUUGGCUUGAGGCCACAUGGUCAUCACAAAAAAUGUUUAGUAUUCCUGAAAGUCACACUCAAUACAUUUAUUUGAAAGUUGUUUUUUUAACUUGCAUGUUAUUAUUUUUUUAUCCAGAAUAUUUUUAUUGAAAUUUAAUGUAGAAUUCAGAUUUUGGACUAUUUAUAGUAUAGAAAGAGCAGAGACGAAAACUGAAAUAUUGCAGCUAUCACACACACAAUAAUGUUCAUCUUAAAAAAAAAAAUUUAAAUUCUGUUUUUGAUUGUGUGAUAUUAUUAAGCAAUUAUAAACCUGUGGUAAGUAAAUGAUUUAAGGGCAAUUUUGUUACAGAUUGGGAUAAUUUUCUUUUAUAUUUAAAAAAAAAAAAAGAAAACUACUCUUAAUCUUUUUAUUUUGAUUCUGUAACAAUAAAAAAUGUGUUUAUUUGUUGUUGUUUUUUAAUUGUAGGCAAUUCAUAAGUCUACGAGCCAGUUGUUGGAUUGUAAAAACCUUAUUGAAAUGACAUACCCUUCAAUUGACAACCGGACUAAAAUGGCAUUGGUGUCUCAGGAUUGCAGGUUAAUAUAGUUUAUUUAAUUUCAAGUUCUACAUUCAGUAAUAAAUGUGUAGUAUUUACAUGUCAACCUGUUAAAUCAAAAGCUGUAAAAAAAAAUUCUUACAAACCUGUACAUAAAUAUGAAAUCCUGUACAAAUUAUAUAAAUAGUUAAAAUAAUUAUCAUUUAUAAUUGGUUUUAAUUUUUUUUUUUUUUUAAAUUAUCACUGAAUACUUGCAUUCUUUGCCCUUUUUUUAUAUUGUCUGACUUGGUUUGAUAUCCCAAAAAACAGUGUCAGUGUUAAUUGCAUUGUGUUAAAUUAAUGUUAUUGUUUUACCAUGAAGUCUGUUUCUUAAUAGAGGACAGGUAGAAUUUUCCUUCAUUGCUAUUCACUAAUACAUAAAUGCUGGUCACUGUGGCGAAAUGUUGACUAGGGGUAGGUCAACAGCGGCCACAGACACACUAUCGAAUCAGAGCCUAAACUCCAUUUUCUUUCUCUCUGAUAAGAACUUCACGAUAUAGUUAGAAGUAAAAUGUAUACUUUAAUUCUUUAUGCAAGACAAAAUGCAUAACAAACCAACCAGUAACAAUAUUAUUCAUCUGUGGAACAGUUGAAUUUCCAGGAAAUAGUGUAACAAAUCAGUCACUCAUUUCUUAAAACAAAUACAGCCUGACCAUAACAUUCUCCCAGUUCAUCAUAGCGCUUUCAUGACUGAGUCAAAGUGGUGCGACACAUGGGGAAGUUCCAAAUGAAAAACUUCAUUGCUCAAUGUUAAAAUUAUUAAAGCAGACAUAUAGCAUAAACACACAAUAUGACCGUGACAGUCACUUAAGCACUGCUCCCAGUUUCUAUUUAUUUUAGACUUAACCUCAUAUUUAGCACAUUGAUCCCUAAGAUCACUUCAAGUUUAAAAGUCUUAAGUUUUAUUUUGAACAGCAUUGAAUAUCUUGUAAGAAGUGUAGAGAAAUGUCGGCAAUAUCUAAAAGGCGUGUAAUUUUUUUCCAAAUCCAUUUGAAACCUGUGAAUGGCAGUACAAGUCUGAAAGUGUGAAAAAAAACCUGUGCAAAGAAGGGGUAAACUGUAACAAUUAGCAUGUCUUGGAUUUACUCUUAAAUUUUAAAUUAUAUUCAUCAAAUUUAAAUGUAUUUUUUUUUUUCGCAUCACAAACAGAUUUCCUGGCCAUGCUGUAUAUCAUGCGAUGCAAUCCUUUUACGGGUACACUCAGGUAGAUCUGAAGCACAGGACUGAUGGCUGGUUAUCUGACUACCAAGUUAAUCAUGGCUUUUCUAAUCCUGGUCAACUCAAAGUCUUUAGUAUGAUCAUGAACAAAGUAUCUUCUGGUUAUGCUAAAAUUUCCUAUCCUUUAAAGGAAAAUUUAGAAGAGAUAUAUUCUGAGGACACAGUGGAGGAAUGGAUGGAAGAACAAAUUGAAGAAAGAAGGCGACACAUUGAAGAAGCACAGCUUAAGGUAAAAAAAUUGCUGGAAAAUACUGUUUGGGGUCGUCGCCCACUUCUAUCUAGCAAGUUUAAUAGAGAUGGCUCUGUUAAUGGUGGAUCUAUAAUGGACAACAGAGCUUAUAUUAAAAAAAGGGAAAGAUAUGAAGCUCAGCAUAUUCCAUCAAAUUUAAGCAGAAAAGAAAUUAAUAUCAAUUCACAAAAUCUAAAUGGUGAAAGAUUUGUCAACGGGUGGCCUUCUCGUGUCAAAGGCAAUUCUCCUGAUCAACAGUUAGGAAUUACUUCACAGAAAGACGUUACACCUGAUUCUGAAGCCCAGAAAUCUUCUAGCAAUAAAACGAAUUUAAAUCAAAUAAAGGACCACGAAAAGGACAAUCCAGAUCCUACAGAGUCCUCCUAUGCUAACAAGAAAACUAAGAUGAAUACAGGGAAGACAGGAAGCAAAGACAAUGCAGAAAUUCUGUUUAAAAAUGUGACCUCUUUUGAUAUUAAAAGGCCACAAGAGAAAUCAAAAUAUGCAAAUGCUGAGGAAGAUGAUACUGAUCUGGGGCCUAAUAAAAAUGAUCUGUCAGACAUAGAAGAUAAACUGAGGAGAUCAAAAUAUUUGAAUGGUGAGACAGAAAAUAUUCAUAGGCAAGGAAAAAUGUCUAAAAAAGAAGUAAGUGAACCCAUGGAGAACAUUUUACCAAGGAAUUCUAGGAAUAGCAACAGUAAGCUAGUAAAAAAAUUAGGCCUGGAAGAUUUCAAAGCUGUUCAAGAUCAACCUUCUAAAGCUGAACCCAAGCCAGAUUUAAAUCAUUCUGGAGAUCCCUUUAAAAGUAAUCAACAAAAUAAGGCCUUAGAUAAUAACAAAAUUCAUUUCGAUGAUGAAGAAAUGAAUGAAUAUGAAAAAAAACUUUUGGAGGAUUUGCCAGAAAAUAACUAAACCAUGUUGUGGAAAGGCAGCUUUCCCCACCCCUUUUUAAAAUACAAAAAAAUUCUUAAAAUAUAUACUAGUACUAGUUCAAUCUAUGUGCAAGCAAAAACAAUGCAUGUUCAAUUUACCCUAAAAGUUUUUUUUUCUCCACUCUGCGUCAUGAUUGAAAUACUUUAUUCUUAUAUAAGGCAUUUAAUUAUUUCAAAUUUCUUAACACCUAUAUCAUAUGUGAUCAGUAAUAAUAAUAAAAAUACAUAUCCUUCAUACACUUUCACUUCCUGCUUUGAAAUAGAUCGUGUGGUAAAAUAUUAAAAAGAAAGAAAUGUAUGUAGCUAAACAAUCGUGUUGCUUGUUUCAGUAUUGUAUCACUCAAAAUUUAUUUAUUUAAUUGAAGCUUGCAUUGUUUACAACGCAUAAUAUUCUUGAUUUUAAUUUGUAUAUUUAAAUGUUUAACUUACUAACAUCUGUUAAUAAUGUUCUUUUUUUUAUUUGUAUAUGUUUGCUUUUUGUUGAUAACUCACUUCAAUAAUAGUAAAAUCCUUAUACAAUAAGGUUAUUUACUUUUAAAACAUCUGUUGUGCAGCUUUUAUAUAUUUUUUAUAGCACCUAUUUUCAUAUUUUGGAGGUUUUUGGAAGAAGUAGUUAGCAGAAUCUGACAAAUCUUGACAUAAAAUACAUCUCUGUAUUGAAAAUCAUAUUAAAUUUAUUAAUAUUUGGAGAAUUAUUAUUUCAAACAAGAACCAUACAUUUUCAUCAUUCGUUCAUAAAAAUUGUUUUGGUCAAAUAUAUUUCCAAUUAAAAUAAAUUUGAGGGAAAGACACAAUAAAUAAUGGCUACCUAUUAAUAUAUUAAUGUGAUUGUUUGCUAUUCAAAAUAAUUUUGUGUCAUAUUCAUUUUAUGUUCUACUUUUGCAUUGAUUUUUUUUUAAUCAACAAAUUUUUACAUUCCAUUUUUUUGUACAAUAUUAAUAAAUUAUAAAACAAAUUA